GCGGCCAUUCAAAUCCUAGCCGGCCGCCCUCCGCUGGCCAGAAAAUGGCGGCUCCUAGGGUUGCGGUAGCUCUUGUUCCUGAUCGAGCGAUCUCUUCUCCUUCUUCGCUCCUUAUAGGUGAGGCGCCACCGGUUCUGGACUGCGGUUCUGGGAUGAUGCCCCAGCGGAGUGGGCUGGCGGCGGCCUGCCCCUCGGUGUCGGUGGUGUUCCCGGGCCCCGUGAGCCGGGAGAGUUGCUGCCGCUUCGCCUGCGAGCUCCUCAAGCACGUCCUGCACCAGCGACAUCAGCUCCCACUGCCAUACGAGCAGCUUGCCUACUUCUGCCGGCGGGCGAUGCAGGAUGGAGACCUGAUUAAGAAGCCACCCUCUGUGGACUCGGCAAGCAAGAAGUGCCAGCAGGUGCUGAUGGAUCUGGAGGGAGUGCUCCAGCACUUGGAAGUAAUGUUUAGUUUGACACUGGUUCCUCGGGUUCUCAUUCUACUUGGAGGCAAUGUCAUGAGCCCCAAGGAGCUCUAUGAGCUCAACUUAGAAGGUAUCUACGAGGGCCGUGCUGAGGAGAGCCUGAAAACUACAUCCUGUGUUCGCAAGCUCUUUCAUGCGCUUUUCGUUGCGGAUGUCUUCAGUGAACUCAAGGCUCUCCCUGUUGUUGGCACUGUUGUUAUGCUCCAAGGACACCGCGAUUGUGGUGUUGAUUGGUUCCGGCCCAAGCUCAACUAUAAAGUGCCGACCCGAGGAAGGAAACUAACUGUUAACUUGUCCUGCGAUGGAGUCAUCAACAUAAGUUCCUCGCCUCCUCAGCAUGUGACCUCUACUUGGGAGGACUAUGUAUGGUUUCAAGCACCUGUGACACUCAAAGGCUUUUGUGAAUGAUCUGUGCUCUGUAGAACUUUUAAUGGAAUAG